GCAGGAAUACAGCAAUCUUUGACGAUCUGGCGCUUUUGAGGACGCCAGAAGCUUUCUGGAGGCCAAGAGAUGACGACAGUGAGAGGGGUUCAUGACCAUUGAUGCCGCAGAACUCAUCUGUGUGGAGUAGGUGAGCGAGUGAGUGAGUCAGAUCAGACGCAGCACAGCAAAUCUCCGAUGUGAUCUGUGAUCUGUGAUCUGUGGUCUGCAGGUCUCAGUUCUGUGUUCGUACGAGGCCGCCUUACAGCCUGAUGCAGCAGGGUGGCUGGCGGCAGCCCAGGCCGCCUGACAGCGAUGGCAGAGUGCCGUCGUCAUCAGGCUAUUCAGCAGAGGUUAGCACAACAGGCACCAUGCAUCGUAGUGUAUCACUUUCUGCUGUGUACGUGCGUGUCGUCAUGCAGGAGCCUGAUGUUGGCCGGAGGCCAGUGGGGCUGCUCUACAGCCAUUACGUCUAUGCGGAUGGCCACGGCGGGUACGCUGUGGAGGUCGGGCAUAAGCUGCGGCCUCUCGAGCCCUCUGCUGUCAACCAGAUCAUCAUGUUCGCUGACGUGCACAGGUCAGUGUGUGUGUGUGGUCGGGUGAGUGGGCCGAGCUCCGACCGUUCAUGCGCCACUCACUGCUUUGAAAUCUGUUGCUGCAGGACAGCCGACCCGCUCUCCUCUCAGGAGCCACAGCAACAGCAGGCACCCUUGCAGUCGGCUGUCACGCCCAUGACAGCUGGUGGUGCCAUUGGCAGCAAUGGCGGCGGCGCCGCACUUCGUCAGCGGCAGGAGAGCUCGUCAGCAGCCAGCAGCAACGGCGAUGGCUUCGUCCGGCUUCCCUCCGGCGCCCGCCAUCGAGUGGUGCAGGAGGGCACCGGCAGAGUGCCCACAGCCAACAACCGCGUCAAGUACGACGAGAUCGGGUGGUUUGAUGCAUUCGACGGCCAGGUCAAAUACAUCGAUGAACGUGGGCGGGUGGGUCGUGUGUCUAAUCUGCCUGACUGGUUGCGUGAGGCGAUGCUGUCGAUGCGGGAAGGAGAGACGAGGCAGAUCAUAGGGCGAGCCGGGUAUUACCAUCAGCUGCGUUUGGUCAGCAUAGAGUAGGAGAGAGUCCACACACACAGAGGGGGGCGGCUGUGUGCGUCGCCCAUUCAUGUGUGUGGCCGGGGGCUCCUCCCUCGUUGUGCCUCGGCUUUGAGCGAAGGAGUGAGUGUGUCGUCUGUCUGUCGGCCACCCACACAGUCAUGUGGCGGUUUCUGUCUGCCGUGUGUGUGUUUUUCGUUUCCAUUCGACGGGGUGGUGUGAGAGAGCGACAGAGAGUUUCGGCUGCGUCUGUGGGUCGUCACUGUGUUGAGGGAAGGAGGGAGUGCACUGUGGUUUCUGUGAUUGAUUCAGCAUCGUUGUCGGGGUGGAUUUCUAUCAUGGUGUUGAUGUGUGCGCGUCACUUCUUUUCCCCUCACUGUCUGAAAGCCUCUCUGGCUGUCUGUCUGCCAUGAGUGGAUGGGCGAGGGUGUCGACGGGCUGUUCAUCGGUCGGACACUCACAGCCUCUCUCUCUCUCUCUUGCCUCCGUCUGAGUGUCUGUGUGUGGGUGCAUGCCUCCCAAUGUCUCCGCUUCUGACUGCAAGCGUUUUGUGUGAUUUUUUAGCAGUCCAUGAGUCCAUCGUGUUUUGUGUUCGUCGGUCUUGAGCGUCCAGUAUUGAUUCUGCUGGACAAGCGAAUGCAGUGGAUUGGUAGUAGUUAUUUCUUCUAAAGUCUACCUACGGCACACACUUCUCUCUGGUCCGGCCGGAUGAACACUCUCACGCUCUCACGGACUCGCUCGCUCACUCGCUCACUCACUCACUCACGAAACUUGAUGGUUAGUUGGUCAGAUGGAUACACCCACCACACCACAUGGCCACCCUCACACACACAUGAGUACAUGGAGACACACGCGCAGACGGACACACGAAUGAAGGGGCCUGUCUGUCUGUCUGUCUUGACUGCACGCUGCAGCCGUCUGCCUUCCUCUCUCCUUGUGUCUCUCACCUCCCCCUCUCAGUAAGUCAGUCUCUCGCUGGGUCGGUCGCUCUUUCGAUUUCUCUGUCUGCGGUUUCCAUUCCACACGCAGCCCUUCCCUUCCCCCCCACACACAUACACACACCCAUACACACAUGAUCAACCGACACGGCAGCAGGGCGGGGCUCUCUGCCCCUCCUGUCACACACGCACGCACCGCACUUCACCGCACUGCUGCAGCUCAUGACACUCAUGUGAUGUGAUGUGAUGUUUUGUGAUGUGUAUGUGAUGUGAUAUGAUGUGAUGUGCAGAUGGACUUGUGUCACUCACUCACGUGCAGGUGUUAGUGUCAUGGAAUGAAUGAAUGGAUCGAUCCAACGAACGGCUAUGAGCGAUAGGAUUCAGCAACCCACCCAUCUACCCCCAUCCACGCACACACCACCCAUCCCCAUU